AUGGCGCUGAGAAGACUGGCUCAAAACUGUGGCUUUGGAGACAACACGCUUUCUAUGGACGAGAUGAUGCGAGACCGUUUCGUCUUCGGCAUCGGCAACGAGGCUGUGCAGCAACGCCUACUGGUAGAAAGGGACCUGACAUUACAGAGCUCCCCAGAAAAUGGCGGCGACGACUCAUGCUCGCGGACUACGUGCCGUUUCGGCGCUGAGUGCCACAGCGAUCGGGGCCAAGCCUACUGCCGCUGCCGCCUCUCGUGCGCUGACCAGCUCUUCGCGCCCGUGUGCGGUUCCGACGGCUUCACUUACUCGUCCGAGUGCCGGCUGCGCAUGACCGCCUGCAUCCGACAGAAGAGGAUCGUCGUCGCCCACCAAGGUUCAUGCGAUGUAGCCGACCCUUGCCUAGAGAAGAGAUGCGAGUGGGGAGCCGAGUGUCGCCCAACCCUGGAUGGACGCGGCGCCGACUGCGUCUGUCCGGACAAGUGUGUUUCGUACGGAGACGCCCGUGGCUCGAGACCCGUGUGUGGCUCGGACGGCCGCGAUUACCCAAAUAGCUGCGAGCUGCGGAGGGCUGCCUGCAACGCCAUGCGUGACGUGCAGCACCGUUUUACGGGACCAUGUGGUAAGUUGACGAGCUGCUUUUAAGGAUCUUCAUGACCAUUGCUGCCACGAGUGCGCCUUUAUAGUGCUCUAUUUUCUAGUGUCCUACCAAAAAGGUGAGCGCUGCAUAUAUCACUGGGGAACGCUGUUGUUCGUCUUGUGCCAUCUUAAGCAACCCAUGCCUUGCGUCCCUGAGGGUGGUGUUAAUAUGACCACUAUCGAACCACUGCAACGCUGAUUUUGCUUCGGAUACAAAAAUAGAAACUGAUUGGAGAAGCCAUUGUAACGUAGUAUAAAAACAUUUAACCCAGAGCCACCCAUUGUGCUGCUGAAACAGUGGAGCUGCGGUUCUCCGGCGCUGCUUUUAUGAUUUUGUAAGAUUUUCAGUAAUUUUUUGUGAACUUGUGUGGGUGUCGGUGAUUGGCCGCUUCCAUGGUCUUGCGUUUCGGAUAAUCAUAAAGGGCAGCCUAGAUGCAACUAAACUUUCUUCUGGUUAAGGGUGGGAAGAUAAGAAGGUUUUGGCACGUACCUGUAACCCUUGGCAAACGGCAUGGCCGGUAACUUGUCUGCCACUAACGAGUCUACGAGUUGCGCACACCACGAAAUUCCCGAUGGAUGUUGACGACGUCGUGGGGAAAUUGCGUUCCAACGCAUCGGCUGCCUCGGCUCUUGUUUCUGGCUCAAGUUGCAGUGAAACCAGUCUACAGCCGUGCUCUGCACGAAAAUCCCUCUUGAAUCGUCCGUCGGCGGUCAGUGGUAUCUCCCAACGCUUGCGCUUUUGCUCGAGUUCUUGCUGAGCCAAAUCCGGGUUCUCUACCCUACACGUACGCUUCGCCUGUACUACUCAGCUGCAAAGGGCGGGCUUCUCUUUCCGGCGAUUCCGUCGGCCACUUUCUUUCGAAUUUCGAGGUUAGCUUGCCUUCGCUGUUAGUUUGCUUCAUUUUGCUUGCGUAUCAACUCGGGAUCGGCUUACCUGCGCUGUCGCUUCGCGUCCACUCGGGAUCAAUUUGCAUUCGCUGUCGUU